CUUCCACAUGCGAGCAGAAUUGAAUUCAAUACUUGAACUGUGUAAAAGCAGUCUAAGCAAGCAACAGCAAAAUGCCUCUGCUGAUAAGCAUCGCAUUCGUGCCGGAAAGCAAACAAUCGUUUACUUGUCAGCUCUUCUCGUACUGCUGCUGUGGCUGUUCGUCUUUUUCGAAGCCAAAGCAAAAGCAUGAAUAUUUUUUUUGUAGCAAGACAACUUCAGAAGCACAGCAUCAGCAUAUUUUCGUUGCUUUUGCUAAUACUGCUUAAGCAUUUCAAACCCUGGUUUAGAUCUACGCAGUUAAAAGAAAAGCCUUUAUGCCUGGUGCAAGAAGUACCGACGCGAUGGAAUAGCGCUUAUAAAAUGAUAUUAUAAAAUGAUUAUUACAAAAGACGCUAUAGCUACAGUUCUUUUGAAAACACCAAAAGCGCCAGAAACGCUAACGGCUGAUGAAAUAGAAGUGUUAGAGGACCUGGUGGAAUUAUUUUCGCAAAUCGACGAAGCCACUGUAAAAGUUUCAGCAGAUAAAACAGUUACUAUAUCAUUCAUUUUACCAAUAAUUUGCGGCAUCUUCAACAAUUUACGUGAUGUUACUAAAAGUACUGCACUGCUGUUAGGAAAGCUACGUUGCUAGAUCCACGAUUCAAGAAGGAGGGAUUUAGAUCGUCUUCCAAUGCAGAAGUGUCAACCAAAUUGUUGGAAGAUGAACUAUUUAACUGCAACAACAAUGAUUAUGCCAACGACUUGUUCUAACCGUCCUUCCCUUGUGCCACCACCCUCAUCUACAACAACAACAAAAACGACAACAGCAACAAGUUCAAGUGAUAUGUUUGGAUUUUUGAAAGAAGCGGUCAAUAAAAAAGUAAUAUCUGCUAGGGUGGAUACUAUAAUAUCAAUCCGGCACUACUUCGAGGAAAGCAAUAUUCCAACAGACACCGAUCCAUUGGCGGAUAUCGGAUACAAAAUACGAUGCUUUGAAAUACUUAAGCAUUCCCGCUACUUCUACUGAAACGGAGCGUAUGUUUAGUAGAGCCGGUUGCAUCGCUUCUGAAAGAAGAUCGUCUCUGAAGCCGAAGAACUUAAAUAUGCUACUCUUUUUGAAUAAAAAUGGAUGGGUUUUCGACCACGAAUAAGACGUAGUAAGUCUAACGUACUAAAAACGAAGUACCUUAUUUUCCUCUCUAUGUAAGGAGCUAAAGAAUUCAUGGACUGUUAACGUUAAGUCAUAACUCCCACGUUAUUUUUAAGUAUUAUUUUUGCUAAGUGUGAAGUUUUUCUAUAAAUUCAAAAGUUUAUUUUGACAAUAAACCUUUUUUUUAAUAAGAAGUUAAUUUUUACUACACCUUAUAGAUUUCUUUCUUUGAAGCAGAAAAAUAAUAUACAUCUUUCCGUUUUUUCUUUAUUAAACUAUCGAUAGUAUCGAUAGUGCGUUUAAAUUUUGACUAAA